CGAGCCCGUGCGUCGGCGCGUCACGGCAGGGUGCGUGUGAGGUAAUUGCGCGCGGGCGGGCGGGGUCCGACGGUUUGAACGAGACGAAGACGGAACCGGAGCCGGGCGCGCGGUCAGUGGACGCGGGUUCCCCGAGAGCCGAAGAUGGCAGUGAAUGUGUACUCGACGUCAGUCACCAGUGAUAACCUAAGUCGACAUGACAUGCUGGCUUGGAUCAAUGAAUCUCUGCAGCUGAAUCUGACAAAGAUAGAACAGUUGUGUUCAGGGGCUGCAUACUGUCAGUUCAUGGACAUGCUCUUCCCUGGCUCCAUUGCUUUGAAGAAAGUGAAAUUCCAGGCUAAGCUAGAACAUGAAUAUAUCCAGAACUUCAAAAUAUUGCAAGCAGGAUUCAAGAGGAUGGGUGUUGACAAAAUAAUUCCUGUGGAUAAAUUAGUAAAAGGAAAAUUUCAGGACAAUUUUGAGUUCGUUCAGUGGUUCAAGAAGUUUUUUGAUGCAAAUUAUGAUGGAAAAGAGUAUGACCCUGUAGCUGCCAGACAAGGUCAAGAAACUGCAGUGGCUCCUUCUCUUGUCGCUCCAGCUCUGAGUAAACCGAAGAAACCUCUCAGCUCCGGCAGUGCAGCUCCGCAGAGACCAAUUGCAACACAGAGAACUACUGCAGCUCCUAAGGCUGGCCCAGGGAUGGUGCGGAAGAACCCUGGUAUGGGCAACGGGGACGACGAAGCAGCUGAAUUGAUGCAGCAGGUCAAAGUAUUGAAACUUACUGUUGAAGACUUGGAGAAAGAGAGAGACUUCUACUUUGGAAAGCUAAGGAACAUUGAAUUGAUUUGCCAGGAGAACGAAGGGGAAAAUGACCCUGUACUGCAAAGGAUUGUAGAUAUUCUUUAUGCCACAGAUGAAGGCUUUGUGAUACCUGAUGAAGGGGGCCCACAGGAGGAACAAGAAGAGUAUUAAGCAGCCUGGACCAGCAGAGCAACAUUCGAAUUCUUCACUCCAAAUCAUGUGCUUAACUGUUAAAUACGCCCUUUUAUUAUUCUUAGAGGAUUCACUGGUUUCUUUUCAUAAGCAAAAAGUACCUCUUCUUCAAAGUGCACUUUGCAGAAGUCUCUUUCCGAUGAGUUUGAGUUAGGAGCUGUUGCCUUGUAGCAGAGCAGUAUUAACAUCUAGUUGGUUCACCAGGGGAACAGAGAGGCCAACCAUGGGGCUCUUCACGUGGAUGCUGGUCACACUGACUGAUGGAGAAGGGGGUUUUGUAAUACACUGAGGUGACAACCUCAGAGAAAUGUAAAGACUGAAUUGAAUUUUAAGCUAAUGUGAAAUUCUGGCAGAGAACGUUUUAAUAAAUGCCUUAAGAGUAUUUAAAAUAUGCUUCCAUAUUUCAAAAUAUAAAAUAUAACAUGA